AUGGACAUGUACCGGUACCUCCUUUGGAACCCCUGUCGGUUCCUGCAGCUCGGUAGUAUCGCGGCCAAGCCAUCUUUCGACCACGAUCCGAGGUCCCAAUAUCCGGGUUUGAAGCAAUCUUCAACCUUUGCCAAUGCAAGGCACACGGCGGCUACUAUGCAGGGCGGGAGCCGCAGUGGAGGUGAGCUGAAUCAGCGUGCCCCCCUUGUUAGCCCGGUCGGGACGUCAGACGAUACUCAGAGUAUGGAGCCCAGGUUACACGCGCUAGCCUCGCCGAGGGGAGCAGGUCGAUUUGACAUUUCGACUACAAUUCUCUCCCUCCUCGCGGCAACCGUCGUCGACGCCGGGAACCGCGCAUGGGAGCCUCCUAUCCACUACGCUAAAGCGGCCAUUGCCGCCCGGGAUCUCUCGGGCGUCAACAACAUUUACUUUAACGGAACCAAUGUCUCGUCUGAUCACCACGCUCACCAAAAGCGCUUCUUCGGUCUGAGCAACCCGGCCACCACGGGUGCGUACCCGCGCCUCUGGCCGGACGGCAACAUCAAUGCGUGUUUUGAACAACGAAGCCAUCUCCAUCAAGGGGCCAAUAGAGCCACCAGGGACAUAUUGUACAACGACCUCAUCACGGCCCGUGAGCUCUGGCGUCAGGCAGGGUUAGACGACAAAAACGGUAAAUUCCGGUUCACCAUACUGGGGGACGAUGACCCCGGAUGCGAGCGAAACCAGCGGUCCACGCAUCUACUCAUUAUGUACGCGGGCCAGAACAACCGAAAGAUGAGCACAACUGUGGGCGUUGACGCUCCGCAAGCCGCCCCAGAAAGCGAUCGUCCUGAUAGCGAGCUCGGGCCGGUCAUGACGCUCAGUGAUGUGCUUGAUGUUGGUAUGGGUAAUGUGGUCGCCAACUAUGCGCAUGAGAUGGGCCACUCAUGGGGCCUCCACCAUGAGCACCAGAACCCCAAGUGGUGGUCCGAGACCUUCACCGGCGUCGAACGAGAAAAUUACUUUUUCAGCGAGGAUAACUUCCAUUGCGAGAAUCUGCGGGAUUUCGACACUGUGAUGGCCCCAUACAACGGUCAGCCAGAUUACAUCAGGAGAGCUUACAGGAAUGAAAUCUGCCGCGACCGUAGCAAGGCUAGCAGGGGCAAGUUCGCCGGUGGCUUCAACUACAUUCCCAUCACGAACGAGCCCGGUACCAUCGACGACGAACGGAAUGAACCUGACUGGGAAUCCAUUAUGCUCUCAAUGCUGUGCGGUAGGGUUGACCCAGCAACUGGCAACAAGCUGAACGUUCUCACGAAACGCAACGGGGACGUGAUCAACCCCGUCUCCAAACCUAGCAAGCGCGAUGUUGCUGGCCUCAAGAAGAUGUACGGCGUCAAGACGAGCUUUUUUGGGAAGCUCCUCAAUGACAAGAGCAACCCGUUCAAGAACGCGUUUGAGAGUCUCAGGAAGAAGGACCCUGACUCGGGUUGUUCUUCUUAG